CCAAAAUCCUCCUUUCAUUUAAUCCCUUGGAUUCACAACCGCCGCCAUGCUUAUCUACAAGGACAUCAUCACCGACGACGAGAUCAUCUCGGACUCGUAUGACCUCAAGUUGGUCGAUGGCAUCGUCUACGAGGCCGACUGCGCCAUGAUCACCGAGGGCGCCGUCACCGUCGACACCGGUGCCAACGCUUCCGCUGAGGAGGCCGAGGAGGGUCUUGAGGAUGCCGAGGUCAAGGUCAACAACAUCGUCCACUCUUUCCGUCUCCAGUCCACCAGCUUCGACAAGAAGGGUUACCUCGCCUACCUCAAGGGCUACAUGAAGGCUGUCAAGGCCGGUCUCCAGGCCAAGGGUGCUCCCGCUGAGGAGAUCACCGCUUUCGAGAAGGGUGCCCAGACCUACGUCAAGGAGAAGCUGCUGCCCAACUUCAAGGACUUCGAGUUCUACACUGGCGAGUCCAUGAACCCCGACGGAAUGAUCGUCCUCCUCAACUACCGUGAGGAUGGUGUCACCCCCUAUGUUGUUGUCUGGAAGCACGGUCUCUCUGAGAUGAAGGUCUAAGUGCUUUUUUUUAUCAUUGUCCGGAGCCUCGGGCUCUCCAGAUUGUGAGGGCCAAGAUCCUUUUUUCAUAAAAUAAGAGGAAGAUACAUUGGAGAGAGAUGGAAUGGAGGAACCAAAGUUACGAGUCACAUUUUGCGUUUUACUCGGCGCAUGGCAUAUAUCCCUAAAAGCCUCAUAGCUGGAGAAACAAGCGGCAGACGAUUUAAACAAUACAAAAAAAAAGUUGCUGAUCCAAG